AUGUCAAUAAAAAAAGACAUGAUUUUUAUAGGAUCAUUGAUAAUACUAUGGUAUUCAUCAAAUAUUGGGGUAUUACUAUUAAACAAAUUACUUCUCUCAAAUUAUAAAUUCGGAUUUCCAAUAUUCCUAACAAUGUGCCACAUGUCAGCUUGUGCUUUUCUGAGUUACAUCUCCAUUGUUAUAUUGAAAAUAGUUCCAUUACAAAGAGUAAAAUCAAGAUCACAAUUUGUUAAAAUUGUGACUUUGAGUAUUGUUUUUUGUGGGUCAGUUGUUGGUGGUAAUGUAUCUUUGAGAUUUCUUCCUGUUUCCUUCAAUCAAGCUGUUGGUGCUACGACGCCGUUUUUCACUGCUUUGUUUGCUUAUUUGAUCACUUUCAAGAGAGAAGCUUGGGUUACUUAUGCUUGCCUUGUUCCUGUUGUUACUGGUGUUAUUAUUGCUAGUGGGGGGGAGCCAAGUUUUCAUUUGUUUGGAUUUAUUAUGUGUAUAAGUGCCACUGCAGCGAGGGCGUUCAAAUCUGUUCUCCAGGGCAUCCUACUCUCUGAUGAAGGGGAAAAGAUGGACUCGAUGAACUUGUUGCUGUAUAUGGCCCCAAUUGCAGUUGUCGCCUUAGUUCCUGCUGUGUUUAUAAUGGAGCCCACUGUACUAGAAGUCUUUGCUUCUGUGGGACAUCAGCAUAAGUUCAUGUUGAUAAUUCUUAUACUGAACUCAACCAUGGCUUAUGCUGCCAAUUUGUCCAACUUCUUGGUGACCAAGUACACAAGUGCCCUAACUCUCCAGGUAUUAGGCAAUGCAAAGGGUGCAGUGGCUGUCGUUAUCUCAAUACUUAUUUUCCAGAAUCCAGUUACCGUGAUAGGUAUUGGUGGUUAUACAAUGACUGUUCUUGGAGUAAUUGCUUAUGGAGAGACAAAGCGAAGAUUCAAGUAAUACAUUCUUUAUUUAAUUUUUUUUCAUCUUAAAUAGGAAGAUUGAUUAGCUAGGUAAUUACACGUAACUAUAUUGUAUUGAAGUAGCAUGUCUUGAGUAGAGUGGAGCAGUAUUUGUUCACAGAGAGGUCAAAACAGAGGUUAUAAAUUUAUAAUUCUAUUUUUUGUAUUCUGCUCACCAGGAAAUUCAGCUUAAG